ACAGGUACCGAAGGGUUCGGCCGGAACAACAGGCGUCAAACCCUGGACCUGCGAGGACCAGGCUUGCUGACUCCUGCUAGGCCUGUAAACAGUUUACAGAUGAGUGGACGGGGUCACGUGGCUGCGGGCGCAAGGUUGUCAUGGAAACCAGCGCAUGUGUGCGCAGAGAGGUGGCUGCGUGCCGAGGGAGCUCCACCACGUCUCGCGCCGGGGAGGCGAGUCGGAGAGCGAGGCGCAACACAUUGUCUACGCUGCUGCGGGCUUUGCAGUCCUCACUCGCGCACCGAAUACGUCCGGACAGUGACGUGUGGAGCUGGGAAGAGGAAAGGACCUGGUUUUUGUCAGACGGACAGUCUCUGUCCGCCCCCUCGUUUCCCCACUCUUCCCCACCCCUCCCCUCCCCGCCGCCCGGUGUAAACAUCAGCACCCCGAUGGGCUUUAAACCAUCCGUGAGACAUCGCGUCGGGAAAACGAUGGCACACCUCUCCCUCGGUGUCCCUCACCGGGCGACGGUCGCUGGGCAGCGGUACCUCCGCAGUUCUGGGUGUGCCUUCCUCAACUCCUCAUCCUCUCCUGCAGGUUCCCAUUCGCUGUCCACCCGCCCCUUUGCCCCCACAGCUGUGUGAUUACGUGCUCUGGAUCAGGGAGGUCUCUUCCAGUCGUUCCGACUCCGAAUCUCCACGUCUGCGGUCCUGUGAGUGAGGACGGGCCGCAGCCACCCAGGUGCGGGAGCUUCAGCUCGGAUUUCCAUCAGGCCAGAUGUCCAACUACAAGCGUGCAACUUUUGAGGAGGAUGAGGUGGCUGACAUCCCAGCGGACGGAGCCAUCUCUCCGGACAGCGUGGAGGUGGGGUUCCGGAAAGGGGGCAUCCAGCUCCUGGGGACACUGGGCCAAAGGACUCAGCUGGAGGUCGUUCUCUCGGGUCUGCUUGUCGCCUCCUUGCUGGCCUUGUUUGGCUGCGUGUUGGCACUGGGGGUUCGCUGCAGCACAGACCCUGCCCGCACCCUGUGCCUGACGGAGGCUUGCGUCACCGUGGCGGGUAAGAUCAUCGAGGCCCUGGACCCCCAAGCUGACCCCUGCCAGGACUUCUACCAGUAUGCGUGCGGGGGCUGGGUCCGUAAGAACCCGCUACCCGACGGGAGGUCUCGCUGGAGCACCUUCAACAGCAUCUGGGACCAGAACCAGGCUGUGCUGAAGCACCUGCUGGAGAACGGCACCUUUAACUCCAGCAGCGAGGCUGAGAGGAAGACUCAGCAGUACUACUUGUCCUGCCUGAAUGAGCAGCGCAUCGAGGAGCUGGGUGCGCAGCCACUGAUCGAUCUCAUCAACAAGAUCGGCGGCUGGAACAUCACGGGCUCCUGGGACAAAGACAACUUCAUGGAAGCUCUGAAGACCGUGUCUGGACCAUACAGAGCUCAGCCGUUUUUCUCUGUGGGAGUCAGCGUGGAUCCGAAGAGCUCCAACAGCAACGUGAUCCAGGUGGACCAGUCAGGGCUCUUCCUGCCUUCUCGGGACUAUUACCUGAACAGGACAGCCAAUGAAAAGGUACUGAAGGCAUACCUGGAGUACAUGGUGGAGCUAGGCUGGCUGUUGGGGGGGGACAGGAAUUCCACCCAAGCCCAGAUGCAGCAGAUCCUGGACUUCGAGACGGCCCUCGCCAACAUCACGGUCCCGCAAGAUGAGCGGCGCGACGAAGAGAAGAUUUACCACAAGCUCACAAUCGCUGAGCUGCAGCUUUGGGCCCCGACGGUGGAUUGGCUGGACUACCUCUCAGCUGUAUUGGCCCCUCUGGAGCUGAACGACACGGAGCCGGUGGUGGUCUACGCCAAGGAGUAUCUGCAGCAGGUGUCCGACCUCAUCAACCGCACGGACCGCAGUCUUCUCAACAACUACAUGAUGUGGAACCUGGUGCAGAAGGGCGUGUCCAGUCUGGACCAGCGCUUCGAGAACGCCCAGGACAAGCUGCUGGAGAGCCUUUAUGGCACCAAGAAGUCCUGCACACCCCGCUGGCAGACGUGCAUCGGAAACACGGACGACACUCUGGGCUUCGCUCUGGGAGCACUUUUUGUCAAGGCCACGUUUGACAAGCACAGCAAGGAGAUUGCUGAAGAGAUGAUCAAUGAGAUUCGCUCAGCAUUCAAGGAAGCUCUGGACAAACUGACCUGGAUGGACAAACAGACACGCGAAGCAGCCAAGGAGAAGGCUGAUGCCAUUUAUGACAUGAUCGGCUUCCCAGACUUCAUUUUGGAGAACAAGGAGCUGGACGACGUGUAUGAUGGAUACGAGGUCACCGAGGACAAUUUCUUCCAGAAUAUGCUCAACUUCUACAACUUCUCUGCCCGAGUGAUGUCGGAUCAGCUGCGCAAGCCACCCAACCGGGACCAAUGGAGUAUGACCCCCCCCACUGUCAAUGCUUACUACAUGCCCACCAAGAACGGCAUCGUGUUCCCGGCUGGAAUCCUGCAGGCUCCCUUCUAUGCUCGGGAUCAUCCCAAGGCGCUGAACUUCGGGGGGAUCGGAGUGGUGAUGGGGCACGAGCUCACCCAUGCUUUCGACGACCAGGGACGAGAGUACGACAAGGACGGGAUGCUGCGACCCUGGUGGCAGAACGCAUCCGUGGAGGCCUUCAAGAACCGCACCGAGUGCAUGGUGGACCAGUACUCCCAGUACAGCAUCAACGGCGAACACAUCAAUGGGCGGCAGACGCUUGGGGAGAACAUGGCGGACAACGGAGGCCUAAAGGCGGCGUAUCACGCCUACAAGUCGUGGGUGAAGGCCAACGGGGAGGAGAAGCGUCUGCCGGCUCUGGGUCUCACCAAUGACCAGCUCUUCUUCGUGGGCUUCGCCCAGGUGUGGUGCUCCGUGCGAACUCCAGAGAGCGCCCACGAGGGGCUCAUGACAGACCCCCACAGCCCUCCUCGGUACCGUGUCAUCGGCACGCUCUCCAACUCGCCGGACUUCGCUCAGCACUUCGGUUGCGCCGUCGGCUCGCCCAUGAACCCCGGCCACCACUGCGAGGUGUGGUAGGGGGAGGAGGACACUGAGGAGGGCGGGGCCCAGCUCCCUCCAAGCGCUGGAUUGUGUCGGAGCAGGAGGAGCGAGCCGUCGGGUUUGGGUCUGGCUGCUCUGUGGUGGAGUCGGCCGUGGUCCCGCCCCCCCGCGCCCCUUGGGCCUCCGCUCCUUCAUCGCUCUGCUGAACCGGGGGACGUAGUACCCUAGUGGGCCCCCUGCCCUCGUUUCCGUGCUUCUGUAUCCCCCUGGCUUCGUGCUCCGUUUACAACCUCAGCUUCCCGAAACAGAGGAAGACCACUGUGACUGCGCAGGAAGUGACCUCACAGGAAGUGCUCAGCUGGGCUGCCUGCCUUUUGUUUGCUUAAAAGUCUGCAGAUUUUUCCCUGUUUUCUUUUUUGUUUUGUUUUGUUUUGUUUUUGUUUUUGAUCACGUUAAAAAGCUUCUCAUUUUAACUGCUUUUUGCCAAAGACGAUGUUGUUUCUCAGCGUUGUCAGUUGGUCUGCACUUCUGACGGCGUCUCUGCGUCGACCGCUCCGUACGGGACGGUGUCAAACUCCGGGGUCGUGUGCUGGUGAACCUGGAAGACGUCGAUGUCGCGGAAUUCCGGAAGUUCAGGCCAAAUGACUCAACUAGCGAAGGUGUUUAGGGGUCUCUGCCGCUCAUGUGACGUUAACCAGUCCAGUCAUUGCAACGUCUUUCUGCUUGAGCCCGAGUUCGAUCUCCUGAGUCACGCGGUUGACUGACCACAUUAACGCCCGUUUCCUAAAGAAACACCCGAAGCCUUUAGCCGUGUGUAACGUGCCCAUCUGACGAGACGUGUUAAUUGACGCGCCGUGUUCGCCGUUUGCUGUCAAAGCCACUCGCUGCUGCCCCGUCCCUUGCUUUGCCUUGGCUCUCCGAGGUCACUUCGCCUCUGUCUGGGUAGCAACCGGGCUCGGGGGUUCACGUCCGUGGGGGUGGGUUCACUGCACACGUAGACACGUGUACAUAACUGCAUACAUAUAUUUAAUGUGCAAGUGGAAGAUUGAAACUUGAAGUGUAAAAGCCUUUAAAUGCCAGAUGAGGCCGUUGAGUGUUCGCUCCCAUUGUCCCCUGCUUCAAAGAGCCUGCCAGCAACCCGCAGCUUCCCCAAGCCCCUCCAUCACAGAAAACAGCAGGAUUCCGUGUGUGUGUGUGUGUGUGUGUGUGUGUGUGUGUGUGUGUGUGUGUGUGUGUGUGUGUGUGUGUGUGUGUGUGUGAGAUCGCCAGGGGAUGAGAAUAUCUUCAUUGUGCAUUUUACUCCGCCUGUCAUUUGCCUUUUUAUUUGUGUUCCAAUGCUGUGCCAUUCCAGUGUCUUGUCUUACUGUCCAGCUGUGUUAUGACAGAGUGCUUUACGCUGAAGUGCACUACGAUGAGGUGUGUUUGUCCAGCUGUGUUCUGUUGUUUGCCAUUUGUGUGGUUUGGAUCCUGGAUUUUUGAUUAAGGGUGAAACUUGGCUGUAUCUGACUUGGGCGGCACUCAGUUCCUAAAGACUAUAAAGGAAAAACUAAAAC